AUGUUGUCCACUCUGAGAGUCGCCAGCCGCCAGGCUGUUUCGCGUGAGUCAGGCAUGCGGGUGUUGACGACUGGAGUGCGUGCUGGCUCAACCUGGGCCAAUGUUCCUCAGGGACCUCCUGAUGCUAUCUUGGGUAUCACCGAGGCUUUCAAGGCGGAUUCUUUCGCGGAGAAGAUCAACUUGGGUGUUGGAGCUUACCGUGAUGACAAGGGCAAGCCCUACGUUCUCCCCUCCGUUCGCUCCGCCGAAGACAAGAUCGUCGCCUCUCGUCUCGACAAGGAGUACGCAGCUAUCACCGGUGUCGCCAACUUUACCAGCAAGGCUGCUGAAUUAGCAUACGGAGCUGACUCUGCUGCCCUCAAGGACGGCCGUGUCGCCAUUACGCAAUCCGUUUCCGGUACCGGCGCACUGAGAAUCGGCGGUGCUUUCCUCGAGCGAUUUUACCCUCACGCCAAGAAGAUUUACUUGCCAACACCUACCUGGGCCAACCAUAAUGCCGUCUUCAGCGACUCUGGUCUCGAGGUCGCCAAAUACCGUUACUAUAACAAGGACACCAUUGGAUUGGACUUUGAGGGUCUUGUUGAGGAUUUGAAGGCUGCCCCCAGUAACAGCAUCAUUUUGUUGCAUGCUUGUGCUCACAACCCCACUGGUGUUGACCCAACUGCUGAGCAAUGGCGCCAGAUCAGUGAUGUUGUUAAGGAGAAGGGCCACUUCGCCUUCUUUGACAUGGCUUACCAGGGAUUUGCUUCUGGUGAUGCUGACAAGGAUGCCUUUGCGCCUAGAUACUUUGUUGAGCAGGGCCACAACAUUGCUCUGUGCCAAAGCUUUGCUAAGAACAUGGGUCUCUAUGGUGAGCGUGCUGGUGCAUUCUCUCUCGUCUGCGCCUCUGCUGAGGAGAAGAAGCGCGUCGACUCUCAGAUUAAGAUUCUCAUUCGCCCACUAUACUCCAACCCACCUGUUCACGGUGCACGUAUCGCGUCGACCAUUCUGAACGACCCUGAGCUUAAGAAGCAAUGGCUCGGAGAAGUCAAGGGCAUGGCUGACCGCAUCAUCGAGAUGCGCAGUCUUCUUAAGCAGAACCUUGAGGCCUUGGGCAGCAAACAUGACUGGUCUCACAUUACCAACCAGAUCGGUAUGUUUGCAUACACAGGCCUUAGCCCCGAGCAAAUGGAUGUUCUAGCCAAGGAGCAUUCCGUCUAUGCAACCAAGGAUGGCCGUAUCUCUGUUGCCGGCAUCACUUCUGGAAAUGUCAAGAGACUUGCCGAGUCCAUCUACAAGGUCACUGGCUAA